UGGACUGUGACUGACUGCGACUCGCGGGGUAUGCAACUGACUUUGCAUUUUAUUUGCAUUCAAAUAUCGUGAUUCGGAGGUUGUACAAAAUAUUUUACCCGAGUACCUACAAAUCGUCGUUCACAUUCCCGUUUACGGCGAUAUAUUAAAAAUGCCGUUGUACACCAUCAAAGUUAAAUGGGGCAAAGAACUUUUUCCUAAUGUCGAAGUCAACACUGAUGAAGAACCGAUGCUCUUCAAAGCUCAGCUUUUUGCGCUUACCGGUGUUCAACCGGAGAGACAAAAGGUUAUGCUAAAGGGAACCAGUUUGAAGGAUGAAGACUGGGGAAACAUGAAGCUUAAAGACGGCGUAACUGUUUUAAUGAUGGGGUCGAAAGAGGAAGAUGUUCCAAUUGAGCCGACGGAAAAGCCUUUAUUUUUGGAGGAUAUGAACGAAUCAGAAUUGGCGACAGCCUUGGACCUGCCAGCUGGAUUAACUAAUCUUGGCAAUACGUGUUACCUGAAUGCGACUGUACAGUGUUUGAAGACAGUUCCAGAACUGCGAGAAGCUCUGAAAAAGUUUUCUGGUGGCCUCGCUACAGCUGGUAGCUCAUCUUUGGUCCCUGCUCAGAGCAUAACUGCAGCGUUAAGGGACCUGUACGAAACGAUGGAUAAAGGAUCUUCGCUACCACCAUUGGUCUUGGUCCAAACGUUGCAUCUGGCCUUCCCUAGAUUUGCUGAAAAAUCUGAACACGGAGGAUUCCAACAACAGGAUGCUAGCGAAUGCUGGACAGAGCUAGUGAGAAUGUUGCAACAAAAACUGCCAGCUAAGGAUGGUGCGUUGACAUCUGAAGAUGGUGCCCAAAGUUCUAGCAAACAGCGAUCCGUUAUUGAACAAUAUUUUGGCGGUACAUUCGACACAGAGUUAAAAUGCGUCGAAUCAGAGGAUGAACCUCCGACAAAGGGCAAAGAGGACUUUUUGCAACUUAGUUGUUUUAUUUCUACUGAUGUCAAAUACAUGCACUCCGGAUUGAGAUCCAAAAUGCAAGAGCAGAUCACGAAACUAUCACCAACGUUGAACCGGGAUGCUGUAUACACAAAAACAUCCAAGAUCAGCAGACUUCCGGCCUACUUAACUGUACAAUUUGUCCGUUUUUACUACAAAGAAAAGGAAGCGAUCAACGCCAAGAUUUUGAAGGAUGUUAAAUUUCCUCUAGAUUUUGAUGCUUUUGAAUUAUGCUCCAGUGAAUUACAGAGUAAGCUGACGCCGAUGCGUGAUCGAUUCAAGGAACACGAAGAUAGUUUAUUGGAAGAACAAAGGUCCGUUAAAGACAAGAAGGACAUGGGUGACUCGAUUAAAAAAAACGUAAAACAGGAACCGUAUUGGUUUGCAGAUGACUUGGGCUCAAACAAUAGUGGGUACUACACGCUUCAAGCGGUUCUGACACACAGAGGUCGAUCAAGCAGUAGUGGCCAUUAUGUAGCAUGGGUCCGUCAAAAAGGUGAUACAUGGUUGAAAUGCGAUGACGACGUGGUCAGCGCUGUAACAAGCGAGGAUGUGUUGAAACUGAGUGGAGGUGGUGAUUGGCAUUGUGCUUACGUCCUGCUGUAUGGUCCAAGAAUUUUAGAAACACCCAUUCCAGAGAGCAACUAAUUUUUGUACACUAAAACAACGAUAAUUAUUUAAAUGCUAACGUAAACGAAUAUAUAUAGCCAAGUGAAGCAUCGAGAAAGUUUUAAAUGAUCAGAAGAGUGGGUAACCUAGGCUACAAAAAGAUUCAAAUUUUUUUAUUUGGAACAAACUAUUCGAAAGAAAAAAAAUUGAAAUAGAUGUGUAUUUCAGAGUGUAAUUCUCGGAGUUGACCGACGAA